UUUUGUAUUUUUACAGAAUUCUACAUGGAAAUCUCUAUUGCAACUAGCGCCGCAACUUAAAUUGUAACAAAAAAUUGUAUAGAAACCCCUAUUGCAACUAGCGCUGCAACCACUUUAGAAACCCAAACCGUAAAUUUGAAAGAAAGUUAAAAAUAUAGUAUAUGGGGUAAUUUCCCUUAAAAAUAUUCUAACUUAUUCUACCCUAAAUAUUAAACGUUUUAAUGUAUAAAUUUAUAUUUAUAGAAGGUGAUUGUCUUUUUUGACAGGCCCGCCGAUGUUCUUUGGACAUAAAUACGACUUGGUUGGGGUUGUGUUUUACUAUUGCGAUUCAAUUUAUGUUAUUGUGAUUAGUCUUGUCUCUGUGACAUGAUUUUAGAUGUUUUGGUGUUGUCUCUGUGACAUGAUUUUAGAUGUUUUGGUGUUGUCUCUGUGACAUAAUUUUGAGUGUUUUAGUCGUAUCUGUGUGACAUAGUUUUAUUGUUAGUUUUUUUUGUUGUUGUCAUCAAAUUGCUAUUAGUAGUUGAAAAUAACAAGUUCUCUGUUAUUGAAUGGAUUAUUAGUAGUGCAGUUACGUACUUUGUACAAUAAUUUGGUGCUCAAGCUACGAUGUUGAAUGAACAUGCCGCAAUAUUUUUUACUGUUGUGUCUUCUGAGCGGUAGAUAAAACUGAAUAUAAGUGCUUUUUAGUUUAUCUGUAAUGCUGUAAUUUUUUUUCUUUUGAUUUUAUUUUUAGUUUUUUGUCAAAAUUUGAAAAUUAAGUGUACCAAUUAUUUAAUUCAUUAAACUAAUUAUAAUUCUUAUGGUGUUCAUUAGAGAUGUCUCAAUUAAAUUAUAUGGUAUUAUUUUAAUUGAUUGCUGUGUUGCAUGAUUUAUUAAAAACAUAUUCUAGUUUAAUGUCUUUUGUACUCGUGUAGGUUCUCAGUAUUACAAAAUUUAUAUUGAAAUUCAUAAUCACUUAUAAUUAAUUACAUAUAAUUUUGUAACAAAAAUUUCAGCUCUUUUUGCACUAGUCUCAUACAGAAUUUUCGGCAUUAAAAAAUUAUUGUAAAAUGAAAAUAGAGUUUAAAGAAUGAUUAAUGAAGAAACAUAUAUAUUAUUUUGAAAAUAAAGUAAUAGGAAACAUUCCUGUAUUCUUUGAAGAUGAAAGAUAAAAUUCUGGCUGAAAAAGCCUAUGAGAUGAAGAACACAUACAUUUGCAAUCACCCAAACUCCUCCAUUUAAUUUCAACCGACCUAUAAUAUAUAAUACAAUACAAUUCAUAAAUACUCCCUCAUAAGUUUUCUCUUCCUUUCUUUCUUCCACUCAAAGUCACAUAAUUCCACUUUCCUUUAUUUAUAGAUUCUUCCUUACCAAUACCAAUACCAAUACGAAUCGAAUAAUAAUAUUAACUCUUUUUAAACAACAGAAUCAGUUCUUAUCCAAUCUCAUCUCUCUCUCUCUCUCUCUCUCUCUCUCUCUUUCUUUCCUUCACAAUAACAUAAUCUGCAAGGAAAAGAAAAACGACAACAGAAAAGAAUGGGAUGCUUCAGUUUUCGCAGCUCCAAAACCCCAUCAUCAUCCGCCAUGAAAGGAGCUCGUACUGAUCAAAACGGUUAUUACAACAACCCAGAAAUACCCAAAAACAUUAGACACGAAGUCCUGCUUCAAAUUCCAGUAUGCAGAGUUCAUUUGGUGGAAGCAGGGGAAGCUCUGGAGCUGGCCAAUGGAGACUUCAAGCUCACCAGAAUCUCAGACCAAGACCUCUGUCUGGCCAUCAUAGUAAGUGUCGGAAACAACCUUACUUGGCCAUUGACCAAAGAUGAGCCCGUUCUGAAGCUGGAUUCUCUCAACUAUCUCUUCUCCUUGCCCAUGACUGAAGAUGAACCUCCUCUAAGCUACGGGGUCUCGUUUUGUGAGCACCACCGGGGGUAUCUGGCCACUCUCGACUCUUUAUUGAAGAAUAAUUCGUGCUUUUCAGACUCGACCACUGCUCAAAGUAAAGGUGAGGUUGAUUGGAAGGAGUUUGCUCCGAGAGUUGAAAACUACAAUAACUUUUUGGCUAAGGCAAUUGCUGGAGGGACUGGUCAUAUUGUCAAAGGCAUUUUUAUGUUGACCGAUGCUUAUGCCAAUCAGGUACUGAAGGGAGGGGAAAUGAUUCAAGCUAAUAAUAAUAACAAUAAUUAUAAUGGAGUUGAGGUGAAAAGUGGUGUUAGAAAGAAAGAAAAUGAGAACAUCAACAAAGGUGGUGCCUUGAAACGAGUGAAAAAGAUGUCAAAGAUGACAGAGGCAUUAAGCAAAACAAUGCUGGAUGGAGUUGGUAUAGCCACUGGAUCAGUUAUGGCACCCAUGUUCAAAUCUAAAGCUGGGGAAAAAUUCAUUGCCACUGCUCCGGGACAGGUCCUAUUGGCUUCACUUGAUGCAGUUAAUAAGGUGUUAGAUGCGGUUGAAGUAGCAGAAAAGCAAGCUCUUUUGGCCACUUCCACUGCUGCUUCAAGAGAGGUCAAGAAGAGGUACGGAGAUGAGGCAGGGGAAAAUACUGCAGAUGCUCUAGCAACUGUUGGUCAUUUGGGUAAUACUGCUUGGAAUAUCAUCAAAAUAAGAAAAGCCCUUAAUCCAGCUUCAUCUGUCUCCACUGGAGUGUUGAAGAAUGCUGCAAAAAAAUAAUAAGACAAAAUUAAUUUAUUAAACUUUAAUUUCGAUUGUGAAGUGUAAAUUGUUCCAUGUGAACAUAACAUGAAAGUCUUCUAUUGUGUAAUAUGUAUUGUGAAAUUCAAAUUACAAAGAGGAUAAGGAGAAGCUUAUAUACUUAUAAAC